UCAUUUACAAUGAAUUGAAUGAAAAAAAGUGCGUUCACGUCACCGGAACUUUCAUUUAUCGUUUACUUUCUUGGUGGGGGCUUUUAAAGGAACUGCUGUAAAUGAUUGCACUCUAUAUUACUGACGUACAGAAUAACUGACCAGAAUAUGUUGUGAAUCCGUUAAUUUGGAGAAAUAAAGGAACACGUAGAGCGCGGAAUUACAAGAAAGGCUAAAGUGUAACAUUAUUUUGGACAUUAUGGCGUCGCCUUUGCGUCGACCAGUACCAGCGUAUCUACCAAGACAGAAAGGCCAACCCCCGCGGAUAGAGCUCAACGUUCUACGACUGGACGAGGACGGAAAUAGUUUGUACGACGAAGAUUUUGAUCCUUCCGUGUGCCACUGUUUUCCGAGCACCAGCAGCCUACAUAUUCCGUCCAUGCUGUAUGAUCACAUAAACUGCCCCCACCACAAUACUAAACAUAUCCAGCCCGCCCAGGACCAAGUUUUCGCUUAUCCCUGGACAGCGGUAACCAACAAACAACCUGUAGCAAAAGGAUACAGGCCAAGAUCACCCGAUGGCGACUCACUUGCAUCGGGAAAACUUAGCAUUAUUGAAGAAGAACCACAAACACCUUUUGUGAUAAGAACUGCACCUCCAUUUGCAAAUCCAUCACAGGUAAAUGAAAGUAAAGGAGGACCACCUUUUACCGCCCCCGCCCUUUCCAGAUGGGAAAGUCAUGGCGGAAGAGUGGUGACACGGGCCCAAAGUGUACCGUCACUAACAGGCUACCAACAGCCAAGGACACCCAGGAAUUAUCAUAACCCUAACCCCCAAAUCAGCACACCUUACGUUACCACCAUCAAAAGACGACCUGUGUCGAUUCAGGACAGAAACUUUGAUGGUCGCUACCUAGAUCCAAAGGAUGGUCAGAUAUAUAAAUUUAAAGUUAAGUACGGCAAAAAAGAAAUCGAAGCUAACCGUCUCCAAGACAGUACUAUUAGAGAGGAACCGGAAGAGUACAACUAAUACCAAGACAAAGCAUGAUGACGAUUUCUCUGAAUACUCCAUGUUGAGGACCUUCUGUCUUUCCAAUGACUAGUGUUUACGAUAUUAAUGUUUAUUUAUUGCUGUAUUCAUUUUGUGAUAUUUGUUUGUAUAUAAUAAAUCAC